AGGAUUGAAUUGGGAAGGUGGCUGCCAUUCAUCGCGCCUCUUCUGCAGUUUCUCCUUUCUUUCUUUCUGAGUUAUUUCGUUCUUGCAUCGCUCUCACACCUUCUCUCUAUUCAUACACUCGUUCAUUCACCAACACAGCAACCAGUCAUUCGUUCCCAACAUGAUGAACCGUACGCUCCUUCUCGGUCUGACUGCUGCCGGCCUGGUCUCAGCAAAGGCCACUGUCACCUCCAUGUUCAUCUACGACACCGAUCCACAGCCUUUGGCCGCGUCCAUCAUAGGCAACGAUGCGACCGCGACAACCUACAGUAUUAACUGCCCACCCGGCACCGAUUCCAGUGAUUGUGGCAUGGGUCCCGGUCUUACCCUGAUCGCGGGUCCCAAAACCACCAUGAUCCUGGAUGCUCCGGAUUUAGAUUUCUACUACACCUGCGUCUGCUCUGUCGAUGGAACGACGCACGCCGUCUGUACCGAAACAGCCUCGGGAUCCGGCGCCAAUUUCCCAGGAACCAGCAGCUCCACCCUGGAUGGUGAUCUGGAUUUGAUGCCUGUGACUAUCACGGCGGGCUCUGUCACGAGCGUGGCUGCCUCCGCCGCCCACGCUACAACUGAGGCUCAGACAGCAAGUAGCACGGGUUCCGCUGCUACUGCUACGGGGAAACAGUCGCAGGCAUCUGCCGCCUCUACUAGUGCUGCCACGGCUGGCUCUGUCACCUCUUCCAAGACUGCGACUGCCUCGAAUGUCGAUGCUUCUGCUACGGGCACCGGUAAGGCCGCUCUGGCCAAGAGUGAUGCGGGCCUCGUCUUCGGAGGAGCUGCUGCUGCUGCUUUCAUCGCUGCUGUUCUCUAAAGCCCACUGAUAAUCAUGCCCCACUUAUAUCUCACAUAAGGCGCUUAUGUAUUAUAAUAUGAGGUUGUAUUAUGUAUUAUCA